AGCCCGGCUGCUUCUUUCUCAUCAUCCUCUCACCAUCCUCACAUCUCUGACGCACCUCUCUCACGACCACACGCGUGCGUGCACCCGAUAAUGAGCUACUACUACCUGACGCUACCGGCAUCACAUAUCAAUUCAAUCUGAGACUGUGCCGCCGUAUAUACUACUAAGUACUUCGUAGUUACCCAGGCACGGAGCUCUUUGAGAAAGUACCCCCACGACCCCGACGUUACCGCGCCGCCCGUCUCGCCAUCACAGGGAAAUCAUUCAACCUCUCACGCGUGCCUAUUCAAUGGCGCCCGAUAACGACGCCGGCAAGGCAUCAGCCCCCUCUGCCAAGAUGACAUCACCACCGCGAGACUUUGAAAAACUAGCCCCCAUCCCCAAAGGCGCCAAAGUCCAGAAACGGCCCCUCACGCGGCGCCAGCUGCCCUCCUCCUCCAAGACGCCCAUCGUCUACGUCUCCUCCUCCACGCCCUUCAUGUCCGCCGUCCGGCGCGUCCAGAAGCACCUCGACCGCUCCCUCCGCAACGCCACCGCCGCCGCCCCGCGCAACGCGUCGCUGCACGCCCGCGUCGAGGGCCUCAGGCGCCGCGCCGCCGCCGCCGCCGCCGCCGCCGCCGCCGCCGCUUCUUCUUCGGGCUCGGGGCCUUGCCACCACCACGGCGCCGGGGAGGCAGACGAUGAUGCCGAUCCCGGCGCGACGCGUGUGACCGUCACGGGCACGGGGCGCGCCGUGGAAAAGGUCCUCGGUGUCGCGGGCUGGUUCGAGCAAAAGGGCGACUGUCUUGUUGCGCUGCGCACCGGGACUGUGGGGGCCGUCGACGACAUCGUGGUUGAAAACGGGGAAGAGGAAGAUGAAAGCCGUGUCAGGAUGGUGAGCUGCCUCGAGGUCGUGGUGAGCCUCAAGUGAGGCACAACCCCCAUACAACAGACUGGCUGUGUCAUGGCAGGACGAUGCGGCGGUGUCGUCACAAAUUUGGACCUCCCUUUAGGUCUGAACGUCGGAGAGGUUUCCGAUGUCGUUAAGCGAUUCUUUCACAACAAGCACACGCGAGAGCAGCUCUACGAAACACGCAUCGGGAGCACGAGCAUAGUCUUCGGCCCACCGACCGAACAACGCCAAGAUGCCUCCACGCCAUCACGCCUUUGACGGCAUUGCGCACCUCAGAAACACGCCAGAUGAACCAACAAAGUCGUGUAUUUGGAGCCACAAACUGUCCAUGGCAACGACCGAGAAAAACCCGCGUGGCCGCCCCUGCGCCGUUCCCAUGCUAAAGGCCGUUCUUCCAGCUCAGCUGGUACAUGUCAAAU